AAUGUAAACUGUUUCUCUGCUGGGGCUGUGCAAUGCUGUAAUCUACUAUUCUGUCUCAAGUUAUUUCGAAAGGCUAGAAGAAGAAGAAUUUUUUGCCAGAGAAAGAGAUAUUUGAAUAGAUCAUCUUCUAAUAUCAAAGGAUAUGGUCAGUUUCAGUUUUAAUCACACACGAUUUUUCAUGAUAUAAUGUUAUGCACGUGGUCAGUUUAAAUGGCACAGUUCAAUUGCAGCGGAAUAGCGGCUUUUUAAAUACUUGGGUUGACGUCAUUAAACUUUUCAAGAAGCGGUGCGCGCUGCCUGCGUUUGUGAAGAGAGACGGAACAGAGCCGUGCAUGAACGAGAGAGCUGGGCGACAAGGAGACCGUACAAAACAAGGAAUCUUUCACUUCAUUCGGCUCCUGAUCCACUGCAGAGCCGUGGUCUCAGUACCACCAGAGAAGCCAUCGCAGUAUGAACCGAGCUUUCAACAGGAGAAAAGAUAAAUCUGGAGGGAUGACACCCCCCGAGGCUUUGGCCAAGAAUCACAUGGCGUACAAUGUCAAGUUCCUUGGCGUAACAGAGGUUGACCAACCAAAAGGCACAGAUGUCAUAAGGAUUGCAGUGAGAAAGCUGAAGUUCCAAAGGCAUAUCAAGAAAUCAGAGGGACACAAAACACCGAAGGUGGAGCUGCAGGUAUCCAUCUACGGAGUGAAAUUAUUAGACCCCAAGACCAGAGAUGUACAGCACAACUGUCAGCUUCAUAGGAUAUCCUUCUGCGCGGACGACAAAACGGACAAGAGGAUAUUCACCUUCAUCUGCACAGAGCCAGAGACCAAAAAACACAUCUGUUAUGUGUUCGACAGUGAAAAAUGUGCAGAGGAGAUCACUGUCAGCAUUGGUCGAGCAUUUGACCUGGCGUAUAGAAAGUUUCUGGAGUCUGGCGGGAAAGAUGUGGAGAUGAGGAAACAGAUCGGCAGUCUGCAGAAAAGAAUUCUGGAACUGGAAACUGAAAAUUCCAAGUUGAAAGAACGACUUGAAGAUCUAGAGGAUCACAUGGCAGAUUGUCAAGGCUCACCGCUUCUACACUUGAACUCUUCUAACGAGGCCCACAUGCUGCCGAGUCCCUCGUCUAUGUUCUGGGGUGACAGUGUCAGCCUGAACGCCCUUUCCUUUCUAGAGAUGUCCUCUGUGGGUCUAACCCCAGCCAGCUCUCCACACUCCAGUAUCUCCGCUGGUCUACUAACCCCUCCACCCAGUAAACCUACCCAGCCCAGGCUACCGCAGCAUUAUGGAUGUUGCUUACCUCGACCGCGAGCAUGGAGCACCAUAUCCAGGCGUCCCCCGACGGAUGUUUUCGACAUGGUUCCAUUCUCCUCAGGGUCUCCUAUGGCAAGGAAACCUGCCAUCAAUGGGUCCUCUCCUCCUCCUCCCUCCUUUUCCCCUCCUCCACCUCCUCCACAUGUUUUCCUGAAAGAGAGAGGAACAGAUAUUUUGGGGGCGGAGCCUUUUGACCCGUUCCUCUGCAACACAUCCUUUCCUCCUGACGUCCAAUCUAAACUGGAUGAAAUGCAGGAGGGGUUCAAUAUGGGACUAACCUUGGAGGGCACCAUCUUCUCUCUGGACCCAGUGGACAGUUGAUGCUGACCCCAACGCGACCCUAACAUGGACAGUCGAUGCUGACCCCAACGCGACCCUAACAUGGACAGUUGAUGCUGACCCCAACGCGACCCUAACAUGGACAGUUGAUGCUGACCCCAACGCGACCCUAACAUGGACAGUUGAUGCUGACCCCAACGCGACCCUAACAUGGACAGUUGAUGCUGACCCCAACGCGACCCUAACAUGGACAGUUGAUGCUGACCCCAACAUGGACAGUUGAUGCUGACCCCAACAUGGACAGUUGAUGCUGACCCCAACAUGGACAGUUGAUGCUGACCCCAAUGCUUUCCUUUUGUAGACAUAAUUUAAUUUGUAAAGAAGUAUUUGUAUAAAAUCAACAUUUCUGGGACUAUACGUUGGGACUAUUUGCAUUGGUUUAAAUGGUGACCAAUGUCAUGAUAAAUGCACUGCAGUGGAUGACUAUUUUUCUACCCCAUAAAUAAAAUGUAUGUGUAAUUGUUUUGUUUGUGGGGGGUGCAUUGCCUUUCGUGAUUGUCAUUUGGAUUAUUGUACAGUCAUUAAAUGUGAUUAGUGGUUGGUAAGAUUGGAAGACCAUUAGCUCAUUGACUUCAUCUCAUUUUAUGGACGCAUGCCCUUCCUUGCACUUUAACAAAUAUUUUGCACCAGGAAGCUCUUUUUAAAAGACUUUUUACCUUUCAUUGUUGUUCGUCGAUAAACGUUGUAGCGGUAUUGGUUAGAGAGGUAAAGAUAUGUUUGGCGCCAGGCAGGUAUUAACCCUGGGAAUGAGAGUGUGCGUGUUCAAAGACAAAACAAAUAAAGCCUUAAUAUGUCCAAAAAUC